UGACUCUUCCGGUUGGGUAUCAUUUUACUGGGAACAAAACAUCACAAAUAUAUUUCUGAAAAUGAAUGUAUAAACUAGAAUUCGAACUAUUUAAUGUACACAUAUUUCUUUAAAUAGAUGUGCUAGAUUCGCGCUUUAAAAGUUUGCAAAAUGGAAUUACAAGAUGAAUUCUACAACAAUGCGCAAUACAUCGAAACUGUAAGUAUGUGUUGACGGCGUAUGAUGAUUCUUGAUUGAUUCUGACAGUAAGUUUAGAACGUCGGGCGACUAUUGAUUUAUAUUAUUUAUUAUGUAGGAAUCUGGAUGUGGUAUUUAAGUAUAGGAUUGAUCAUGAGUAGGCCUUGGUUGACUAGUGUAAUUGGUGUCUCUUCAACUGUCGCUUGUAGUGUUAUUACUGUGUUUGAGUUGAUGACUGAGUGUUGACUGCACUCACUGAGACUCAAUACUGUGUUACAAUGAGUAUGAGUAGAUACUUUUGUCAAAAAUGUAAACAUUUUUUAAAAAUAAACCAAUGGCACAGUUGAAUAGAGCUAAUUUUAAACAGAAUUAUAACACCAAAAUCAUAUUUUUAGCUGUUGUAGUUUUAAAGUUAUGAAUUUUUAAAGUACGACUUGGUUUGUCAUUUUUUAACAUGGACUUCAUCUCCACAUUCUGUGACCUCAUUCCACUGAUCGAGUCAUGCGCAAUGACUAUAUAGUUUAUAUAAGGCAACGCAUUCCCUAUCACUAAAAUACUGUUUAGGGUCGACUUAUUUUAAACUUUCAACUUUGGCACAUGAAUAAUUAAUAAAAGCUUUCCCUGACCAAUGGUUUAAUAGCUUUUGCACACGGCAAACUCUUAUGAAUGAAACUCUGAGAUAGUACUACGACGUAGCCGUUAUGCAAGUGGCUGUGAAUGGUUGCCAAUGACAACGUGUUGCACAGGGAAAAUUCUGAUCAUUUAUAAUAUGGACUCUGCAGGGUUUUUAAAGCUCAAAUUAAAACAUUUCCAGUUUAAAUGUCUUCAAAAUGCAUUCUGAAACACAAAAUAUAAAAUAUUUUGAUGUAUAUAGUGGUAAUAAUUAAAUAUUUCCUAAGUAUCGGCAACUUCCGCCAUUAAAAAGGGGGCGUGGCCCACGCCAUGUCGAAAUUUGGCUGAGCCACCUUAUGGUGAUAUGGGUCACUGUGACAAGUGUAACAAACGUGAGACACGACCUACAUCAAUGAAACUUGGCACAGAUAUAGAUCAAUAUCUAAUGCUCAUACAGAUUUAAUCAAAAAGGACCUUAUCUUAUUAUUUCACAAAAAAUUUUGUAUGCGAAGAUGCCUUAUAUAUACCAAAGAUUUUCAAAAUAAAGGUCGAUUGAAAAAAGCAAAAUAGCUGGCUAGAAAUGUAGGCCAAGAUGUCUUCCAAAUUAUAAGGCCGGAAACGGAACUCAAAUAUAUGUGGAAAGAACUAAUUUAAUAAUAAAUAGACACACACAUCGGAAAAUUAAAAACUCGGAUUUUUCGGCGCCGACAGCCAUUUCCGAUACAAAAAAAAUAGUAGUCUCCCUUGUUUCAUCGAAGUAUCUAGUAUGAGUCAUCAAAGUGUGUUUUUGUCACAGUCCAGAGAAAUCACAAUUCAAUACUCACAUUCACAUAAUUUAGUUUUAAAGCUGCAUUCUCAAAUGACAAUAAAUAUAGGGCAUAAUAGGGCUUCAUGUCCAUGUUGUUGACACGUUAUUUGGCCUACGCCUACUGUACUACUACUUAAUGGCUUUGAGUCAAAAAGUCAAAUCAUAUUAUUAAUAUCAUCACUCAUACUAUAUUAUUAUGUCUAAGGCCAUUGUGACCAUUCAUACUGUUUUUACCAGGACAAGAUGCUGUAUCGUGCUGAGCACUCAUCAGUACUUGUUUGAUAGACCUACUUUGUCGUGGUUUGUGGUGAUGGCGUAAAGUAAAGAGUGUUGUUUGUUUUGAUUUUGAAAAAAAUGGUUGCCUUAGGGCUUAUAUCAGACAUCCAUCCAAUCCCUGUGGCACUACAGCCCAUGUAGGGCUUUGGCCUGCCUCACUACUUCCUUCCACUCAGACCUGACUGAUGCUUUUCUUUUCCAUGCAUGGAUUCCUAACUGCCGUAGAUCACUUUCCACAUCAUCCAUUUGUCUAGGUCUGCCUUUGAGCCGUUUAUUCCUGAUUGGUUCAUAUUCUCCAUAUAUAUUCAUCUUUUGUGAGUCCAUAUAUUUUCUGGAGAACUUUUCUCCCCAUGUGUUUAUUAGGUUCCCUGCCGUUUUUAGUGGGGUCCAAGUUUCACAUGCAUAUGUUACAACUAGUCUGAUUACAGUUUUAUAAUAGUUUUCUUUGUUUUUCUUGUAAUGUUUUUACUUCUGCAUAUUUUCUGAUUACCGAAUUACACCCUGUUUCCAGCCAAUAUUCUUUCUUUUAUUUCUGUUAGUAAUUCAUUUCUUUCAUUUGCUAAGGACUAAAGGUAUUUGAAUUUAUUUACUUUUACUAAAGUGUGGUUUCUAAGUUUAAUGAUUUCAUCAGUCUGUUAAACUCUUAAACUAUUCAUGUAUUUUGUUUUUUGGUUUUUAACUUUCAGCCCUUCUUGUAGUGAUGCCUCUUCUAAUUCAAUAAAGGCUUUUUAGAUGUCUUUAAAGGAGUUCCCUAACAGUGUAAAGUUACAUAAUGGGGGAAAAAACACAUAAUAUGGAGAACCCUAAGGGUCUCAGGUACUUGAAUAGAAAGGAUAUCACUUUUAGCUGACAGGGGACCAAUAGUAUGUGUGCUUAUUUAAACAUAAACAAGUGCUUUUGGUAUAAUGCAAGCAAUAACUUGUCUGUUUUUUUAAGUAGAGUAUUUGUUUUAUUUCAUUACAUCUAAUUGUCCAACUCUGAUGUCAAUAUGUGUGAGUGCACCUAGCUUUGACAAUUCCAGUCAAACCAGGAGAUUUUUGUAAGCCUACUUUUUUACUCAACUAUGCAGCAUCAAAUUUAAAAAAAAGUCUUUUAGCCUUCAUCUCUCUUAGUGGACAAAGCAACCUUUCACAAUCUUGUUUGUUUAGUUUCAGUCAUAAGCAUCUCUUUCCAGCUCAUGUUGCUUUCCCCCAGAUUCCCUGUCUUUGAAUCCCUAAGCCAUCAGUUGUAUCUCUUUUCUGUUUCCUUUUGGAUUCAAAAAAAAAAAAAAGAAAUAUGUCAAGAAAAUGUCAAGAAAUAUCGUAAUUUUGGUUUUCUCAUUGUUGUGGCCUGUUCAUCUCUAAAGUUACAUGGCAGUGAUUUAAAUUAUUUUACAUAAGCACUAUCAAUAUCUUCCUAACAUAAUACCAAUAGUUUUUAUUUUAUUUUCAGGCCUCCGGAAAUAAAGUAAGCAGGCAGUCAGUUUUGUGUGGGAGUCAAAAUAUAGUUAUUAAUGGCAAGGUUAGUUUUUUUCUUCAUCGUCAUUAGCAUAGAUUUUAAAAAACAAUAUAAUUAAAGCCUCAAAAUAUUUUAAUUUGUAAAAAAACGAGAACAGCACAAAUCAUUUUGAUUUACAAAUUACAAAUUAUUGUAACUUUUUCAUCAAAGAAUGAUAGUUUAUUAAAAAUUAUUUGAUGUCACUUGUACAAAUUUGACUGAAGUCUUGUUUAUUUUUCAGACUGUUAUCAUGACUAAUUGUGUAAUUCGUGGUGAUUUAGCUAAUGUGAGAAUUGGCAGGCAUUGCAUUAUUGGGAAAAAUUCGGUGAUUCGUCCAGCUUUCAAGAAGUUUUCAAAGGGGUAUGUUUAAUAUUAUAUGCUGACAUAGAACAUGUGUCUAUGAUCAGUGGUCAAGUGAACACAAACCACUAUUAAAAUCUUUGUCAAAUUAUUUCUUAAAAUUCAAUUAAACAGCUCUCUUUGGCUUCAAUUAAACAGCUCUCUUUGGCUUAAUGUUAGGAAUUACUGCAAAGUUACUGCAAGAAUGAGGCAUUAAUCAGCUUGAGGACAUAUGGUAACUGAAACAAUAGUCUUCAUUGGUUAGUUUGGUGGAAAAGACAAUAAUUAAAUACAUGCAAUCAAAAUUUAAUAAAUGAUAAAAAAAAAAUAUAUUUUUCACACCAUGUUGUCUUAUGAGACUAAAAAUAAAUAAAGUCAUGGGGCACCCGUGAUAAAUUUAUAGUUUUGAUGGAAAUGAUGGGAAUAUUUUUUUAGAAUAUUGUGAUCGGUGAAGUAAUAAUAAUCUUAUGGAGAUGCUUAAUUUAACAUCUCUGAUUCAUGGAAGCAGUGUGAUAAUGGAUGUCCGCCCAUAGGACUUUAUUUUUCAGGCACUUGGAUUAAACAUGUUGUGAUAGUAAAAAAAAUACUUAACGCUUUUAGUAUAUUUUUAAAAAUAUAUUUAAACAUUAUAUAUUAAAAUUUGUUUCAAAAUAUUUUUAUUUUACUUUUAAGCCCAUCCAGUUCUUGAAAUUAAUAAAAAAAUUUUACUGGACUAAACACUGUAAAGUCACUAGAGAUAAACAUAUGUCCAAACAUUGAAGACAAUAUGUUUGUUAGAAGUGGAUAGAAAAUUGGUCACACCACGAUUUGACCUAUGAUAAAGAACAGGAAGUCAUAAAACUAAACAAAAUGUUACUACAUGACAAACAAGAUUUUAGAAAUGAAGUAUUUACCACUUAUGUUGUUAUCGUGAUGUUUAUAGUUAGCUGUUGGAAUAAGGGAUAUUAAUUUAUUUAUCAAUAAUUUAAAACUUUUAUUAUCCAUGCUACAUAUCAAUGUAUAUAUAAAGUUUAAAUUUAUGAAAAGAACAACUUUUAUUUUAGAGUGGCAUUUUUUCCACUUCAUAUCGGAGACCAUGUUUUAAUAGAGGAGGAUUCUAUAGUAAAUGCUGCCCAGAUAGGCUCUUUUGUGCAUAUAGGAAAGAAUUGUGUAAUUGUGAGUAAAUUUUUUAAUUUUAAUACUUUUACUGCUAAUGAAUCUUGAAUAUUUCAAAUGAAUAUCAUUUGCGUUAUAACUUUUUUUUUUUUUUUUUUUUUUUUUCUUUUUUUUUAAAAUUUUUUUUUUUUUUUUUUUUUGGGAGGAAUUUUUUUUUUUUUUUUUUUUUUUUUUUUAAUAUUAUUUGCGUUAUUACUUUUUUUUUUUUUUUUUUUUUUCCAAUGAUGCCUAAAGCAUUUUUUUUUUAAAAUUGUGAGAGGAAUCAUUUUUAAUUUUGUAUUUGAAGUUUUCAUCAGUACCAAUAUUUUGCUACUUUCCAGGGUCGAAGGUCAGUGCUAAAAGACUGCUGUGCAAUAGCAGACAAUACAAUACUACCACCAGAAUCUGUUAUUCCACCAUUUACUCUUUACUCUGGUUCCCCAGGUAAAGCAAACCUUAAUAAAACUUUCAUAACCGCUGGUUAUUAUUUUUCUUGUUAUGAAUUCAAAUUGAGUGUUCAGAUGUGUUUCUAUAAAUUUUAAUGUUAACUGGGCUUUGGAUGACCAAAGAGACUUUAUACCAGGAACUUGGCCAUCAGGUUUUGUGUCAGUUUCAUAAACAUUCAACAAUAUAAACAACCAGUAAAAAAAUAACUUGUGCAAACUUCCUCUUUAUCAAUGCUUAUAGUUUUACAGCGUAGCCAUCUCCACAGCACUGCUUUACAUUAAUUUUUAUUUUCAUUGUUGAUCAUGAAUAGUAGCAACAUUUUUUAUUUUUUUUUAAUGAUGCCGUUAAAAGAUUUCAUAUUUUUUUUGCUACAGUUUAUGAAUUUCAAUGAUAGUUUCUUGGCUUAAUUAAUCAAAAUUACACAUUCUCCUCAGGGUAUAUAAAGUAAAAUCAACCCUUUUCUUUCUUUCUUUUUUUUACUAGGCAAAAUGAUAGCUGAACUCCCAGACUGUACACAAGAUCUAAUGUGUGAUAUCACUGUCAGUUACUACCAGCACUUCAAGCCUCACGGGAAAGGAAAAUAGAACUUUCAGCCUUUUGUUCCAAUGAAAGUUGAUUUAAAGUUAUACAUGCUUUUUUGCAGCAGCUUCUUUUAAUUCUUUGUCACUUGUGGAAGUAGUCAUUGUUAAAUUAAGUCUAUCAGCUUCCUUUCCUUUAAUUACUCUCAAAUGAUAAGUUUUCCAAAGUAAUUAAAAAAACAAAUAUAGUAAAACUUCGGAUGGGUAGCAUAAUUUGUUCCAGAACCAUACUCAAAAUCCAAAGCACACCUAUAUCAUAGUGAACUUCCUCAAAAGAAAAAAAGGUAAUAUCACAUAUUUGUUCCACAACCCAAAUAUUCAUUGAUUAUUGAGUAUUUUUUUUUUUUAAUUUUAAAACUUUUAUUAUUUAAUUUAUUAUACUAUUGAUCAAAUGUAUUAGUUAAAUUUAAUAAUUGCUGGUGAAGGGUUAUUGUGUAGGACAACUUUCACUGUCACGAACUUAAUCGUGCAGGACAACUGUCACUGACUAAAUCGUGUAGGCAACUGUCGCUGUCACCAACCUAAGCACAGCUAUCAAUGGCGUGCUGAAAUCAGUUCCUUUUUGUGUGACUUCAGCAAGGAACCUACCCACCCGGCGACACUUGCUGUUACCUUCCUUUUCAACUUUUUUCUUUAUGGGAGCCAUUGUUGCAGUGCAGUUACUAAAGAAAAGUCACUAAAAAUGUGAUAGUGUGAUGCUUGAUACAAACUUCAUGCUUGUAUUGUGAGCCAAAUUUUAUUUAAAAAUUUUCUAUAAUCUUGGGAAAUACUGGGAAACCAAAGUUACUCGCAAUCAGAGUUUUUACUAACUUUCAUUAAUAAUAGUUUUAUAAAUUCUAAGUUUGAAUUUUUCUGGAUGGAUCCCGUUCUAGGUGGCUUCCUUUAACAUCAAAUUUUGAAGAAUUGUUUGUGUGCAUAAAGUACACAUUAAAUUGAUGUUAUCUCCACUGACUUCUUUAAUUAAUUUGUUUACUGGAUAUUUUAAUUUUGUGUUCUAAAGUAGGCCUCACUCAAUGAUACACCCUUGGUCGGGGGCCGUUUAAAGGGGCCACCCAAAAUUUUCAUUUUUCAUGCAAAAUAUUUGUAUUAAUAUAUAACUUCUGGGGAAGAUUGCACCAAAAUUCAGGCUUUGACCCAGGCGCAGCUUUUGCUUGUCAUGGCCAUGGUCAACCACUGGAAUUUUAUGAGUUUUAAAUCCAAUGGUACUUUUGGGGUUCAUGUGAGUCAACCAUUAAUGUAAUCCUUGUCAUCAAUGAUUUGCCCAGAUAUUAGGAAGUGCUUAAAUUUGAGGUUAAGUCAAGGCUAAUAAUUUUCUAUAUGUUUGUGGGCACAAUUUUAUUUCACUAUUUCCUCUGGGGAAGAAAUAUGUUUUGCAAUGAAUCAUCAUGUAUACAUUCAUGAUUAUCUGAUGUUAUUUACGUCAUGCUGCUUUUUUAGAAAUUCAAAAACACUUGAAGAAUGCCUCUUUAAAAAAACCACCAAUUAAUUAAAUAUUAUUUUGCAUUAAUAAACUAUCAUUUCAUGUUGAAACAACUACUUACUUGCAGCCUCAGUUUCGAUUAUUUAGAUUAGUAAUAAUAUUAUGUAGAGAAUAUGACAUUAGGAAGUGAUUAAAUAUUGUGAUGCUUGUUUGAUAUUUCUAUCAAAGUAGUUUUUUUCUUUGAUUUUUAAUUAAAUGUGCUGCUUUCUUAAACUUCAGAGAAAAUUUUUAAACUAAAAGUUACCGAUCAAUUUACUUGAUUAUAAUUCACACAUUAUAUGUGAAUGGUUAAGUAAAAGUAGGGUUUGGUUUAGAUCAGCGGUUCUCAACCUGUGGGUCCUGACCCCUUUGGGGGUCGCUGAGCCCUCUCCCAGGGGUCGCCUAAGACGAUCUAAAAACACAUAUACUUACAGUUAUGAAGAAAAACGAAAAUAAUUGUGGUUGGGGGGUCGCCACGACAUGAGAAACUGUAGUAAAGGGUCGCGGAAUUAGGAAGGUUGAGAACCACUGGUGUAGAUGGUUAUGGGUACAUUAUUUUGUACAUACCUCACGUGUUAACAUCCAUUGCCUCUCUUUCAUUUUAUUCAUUACAUUUUUAAUCAGGCCAUCAUUUUUUUUCAUCUAAAUCUUAAUUUCUUUAACAAGAUUAAGAUUUGAGACCCACAUCUUCUAAACAACUUAAAAAUUUAAAUCUAUGUAUCAUGUAGGAAUAUUUCUUAUUUUUUUCCUUUUUAAAAAAUUUGUGUGCAAGAUCAACUAUUUUUUUCAAUCCCUUUCAUAAUUUAACCAAUUACAAAAUUACAAUUAACAAAAUACUAGUAAAUAAAUAAAUAACAAAGAAAUGAAAAUGCUGAAAAUUAAAAUAUUUCUAUCAUUUUUUUCCAUUUGAGGGCCAACGAUCAAUUUACUGAUCAGUCUGGCUCCCCUGGUUUGAAUUCAGAGUUCGCCUUCCCUUAGAUGAGUUGCCAUCCAAGAGUCCAAGACUAAUGGGUCCCAUCCACCCGGGGUGCUUGGGCUGUUAAUGCUUGUCUUGGCUUUGGUGGGGAUUGAACUCCAGACCACCAGCUAUUUGGGUUGAGUCAGUUUAGACUGCUUGGCUGCCCAGCACCCAAUCAUAGGUUGGCUGAAGACAAACAGCUCAGCCACCCAGCACCCAAUCAUAGGCUGGCUGAAGACAAACAGCUCGGCCACCCAGCACCCAAUCAUAGGCUGGAUGAAGACAAACAAGAUGAAAGGAAGCCAAUAAUUAAUCAUGAUAGAUAGAAAUUAAUCAUGGUAGAUAGAUCUUGGUUUCACCAUGAUUUUGUCUUGUUAGUUUCAGUAGCAGCAAUCAUAGAGUAAAGCAAAAAUCGUGGUAGCAGUUCCUUAUACUAAACAACUUAAAUCUUCACCCCAAAAUUGUUCCUUUAUUUCUCAAUGUCUUGUAAAAAUUAUUGUGUAACGCAAGUGCAAUAUAUUUUAAUGUUCCUGUACAAUUAUGAAUUAAAGCUUGUAUUCUCGGC